CAUCUAUAUGCGCUUGACUCUGGACGAACGAAACAUCAGUUUCCUCGAGAAGUUCAAACGGUUCGAACGUAUUGCAAGUGUAGAAGAAAGUUCUUUCUAGUUCAUUCAGUGUGUUUGUAUUGCUCAAGUUAAUUGUUAACACACAACAAUACCAGUGCAGUUUAGAAUGGUUUCAUAUGUUUGACAGUGCAUUUGACAGAUACACGAGCGUGAAUUAAAUUUGGUUAAGUUUGGAAUAUUGUUCUUCAUACACAAUGGACGUAAAAAAUCUACAAGAGUUUAUGGAGCUGGUUGGCCGAUUAAAGCACAUGAAAAGGAAAGGAUGGGUUCUUCAAAAUAUAUCUGAUCCAGAAACAAUUGCUGGUCAUAUGUACAGGAUGGCAAUGUUAUCAUUUUUAGUAGAUACGACGGAAAAUCUAGAUAAAGUCAAAAUUAUGCAGAUGGCUUUAAUUCAUGACUUAGCAGAAUGUAUUGUGGGAGAUAUUACACCUCAUUGUGGUAUUCCAGUUGAGGAAAAACAUAAGCGAGAAGAUGAGGCCAUGAAAAAAAUUUGUAGCCUUCUGGGAGAUAGAGGACCUAAUAUACUGGAAAUGUUUAGAGAAUAUGAAAAACAGGAAUCGCCGGAAGCAAAAUAUGUCAAAGAUUUAGACAUAUUAGACUUAAUCAUGCAAGCAUACGAGUAUGAAAAGAGGGACAACAUUCCUGGAGAAUUAGAGGAAUUUUUCGCCAGGACUAAUGGAAAAAUUCGACAUCCUUUUAUUAAAAAAUUAGCAUCAGAUAUAACUGUGACGAGAGAAGCUUUAGUUUGUAAUUCGACUAGUCCCAAAGAAGAAAUAUAAUUCUCUUAUAACAAUCAUUAAUGAAAGCCAAAUAUGUGAGAAAUUUCAUUACUCCGAGUUUUUAGUUGCAAUAAAAUAACAUCAACAUCAUAACUUAAAA